AUGGCAUGGCCUUUGUGCAAUGACCAUAUAGAUCAUCCAAGCCUAUCCUGGCAAUAUGAGCCCAGUCAUGGUGAUUCUCCCUUUUACAAGGACGUGACUGCUACUCAAACUCCCAUUGUUACGGUCGCGAAGCCAUUAUCUACCGAGUACAGCUUUUACGAUCCUCGUGUUCAGCAUGCUUCAGCGCUGCUUGACACAAACUUCACUUUACCUUCCACUCUCGGCCCUCUCAAUCUGGAGUAUAUGGACCAGGACCCUAUGCAGGGCUUCUUCUCCCAGUGGAAUAGUACCACCGAAGGCCUGGCUAGAGACUAUCGCCGUCUAGCCGAAAGCAUCGUUCGGGUCCCAUCUUUAGACUCUCCCUCUGUGGAAGAACCAUCUCCACCCAAGGACAACGACAUGCUGGCAACCCAGGGAAACCGUACUGACGGUCGACGAGCCAAUAAACAAGAGUAA